UAAGUAACAAAAACAGGCAAUGUUGGUUAUCAGACUAAUAAAGGACAUAAAAAUCAAGAAUCUUGACUCAAAAAUUCCCAACUCAAAUUGUUUUGUUUCAACAAAAUCAAAAACAUUGAACUUGCUCCACUUUACAUUUCCCUCGCUCUCAAAAAAAUCUCCAUGGAAACAGAAUCGAUCGAUUCAACUUUUUCAAAGUAUAGAAGGAACAAAAAAUGAAAUAACAAACAAAUUUUCCUUCAUUUCCAAAAUAAAAUCGUUGCUUAUUUUGAGUUUGUUGCUAAAAAGUUACAGAUUGUAUUACUAAGAACGGAAAUAAGCUUCAUCAUCAUGAUAUCGUGUUUGUGCGUAGGACCAAAAAACUCUGGUAAAACAAUGCUUCUGACAAGCAUCCAAUAUCCCGACAGUGUCAAUUUUACAUCGCAUUCCGUCAACACAGUUGGAACCAAUAUCUUUACAAUCAAUUAUGUACCGUCAGCUGAGAAGAAGCCACUGAAGAAGAAUGCCAAGAAAAGUAUCACGGUUCGGGAGCUUGGAGGGGAAAUGGCAGUAAUGUGGAAAAAUUAUUACACUGAAGCUGUAAAUAAGAUUAUAUUUGUUGUCGACACAUCCAAUUUGUGCCAAAUUUCUUGUGCUGGCGUCCUGCUGUAUUCAAUUUUGGUUGAGCCGAGACUACAAAAAACAAAAAUAUGUUUGGUAUUGACAAAAAUGGAUUAUGCUUAUCGGCAAAUGCGAAAUGAGGCUCUGCUAAUGCUUCAAAUUGAGACAUUAAAGAAACAAAUUCCACAAGAUAUAACGAUAAUUGAAGCUAGUGCCAUCACAAAAGAGGGUUUGGAUCAAAUAACUGAAUGGCUCUUUAAUUGAGUUUUUCUCUCUUCCUCGACCACAAAAACAGAAUAGAAUAGUGAAAAAAAAGUUAUUUUUUCUUCCUUCCAACUUUUGUGCUCAUUGUGUUGACUUUCCCUUUGUUUUGUGUAUGGGAGAACAAAAAUGAUGAUAAUAAAGCACCCGACAGUCGUGUAUUGUCGUGGAUGAAUUGAAGUGAA